GACUAUGAGAUCCACCUGCUCAAGGAGAGGGUGCUCCUUAAGAUGGCCGUGAAGACCAAUGGCACGGGCCGUGUGAGGCUCCCUCCCGCCGGCUUUGCCACUGAGGGCUGGUUCAUUGGCUUCAUCAGCGCCAUCAUUCUCUUGCUCCUCAUCUUGCUCAUCCUCUGCUUUAUCAAGCGCAGCAAAGGCGGCAAAUACUCAGUGAAGGAUAAGGAGGACACCCAGGUGGACUCCGAGGCCCGGCCGAUGAAGGACGAGACCUUCGGCGAGUACAGGUGAGCCAGGGG